CGUCUUUCCCGCCGACGCUUGGCCAGGAGCGAGUUUGCCCUUUUCUCCCCAGGCUCUCCCGCAUCUGCAACCCGCAAGUCGCCGCUGCCACCGCCGCAACAGACAUGGUGGCCAUCCACAACGCCGUCUCGCUCGUCGCCGUGCUUGCCGCGGCGAGCACCGUCCAAGCAUCGCUCAGCGGACCCUACAGCGGCCAGGCCACCUGGUACGGCACAGGAGCCGGUGUUAGCGACGGAGCGUCCCCUCCCUGGCCCGGAACACCCGGUGCUUGCGGAAGCAACUUCCCGACCGACAAGUACUACUAUGCGGCUCUGACCCACACCAUGUGGGAUGGCGGUGCCAACUGUGGCUACUGCGUGACGGUCCACGGCCCCAAAGGAAGCGUCGAAGUUCCGAUUGUCGAUGAGUGCCCCGAUGCCCAGUGCACCUACGGCCAUCUCGAUCUUUCUCCCCAGGCUUUCUCCGAAAUCGCCAGCCUGGGAGCCGGCAUCGUCGACAUCACCUGGUCGGUAUCGAGCUGCUCGACCCACGGAUGCACAGGAUGCAAAAGCAGUCCGCCUCCCCCUCCCCCUCGCCCUCCUCCGCCGCCGCCUCCAAAGUCCACAACCACGACCACAACGACAAAGACCACCACUACUACCACCACCACCACCACCACCACCACCACUGCGAGCAGCAGCGCCGCUGCAUCCAGCACCAUCGUCUCGAUCUCAGCCAACGCCACCCUGUCCUCCACGGUUGGCUCGGCUGCGUCCAGUGCCGCUUCCCAGCCCACGGGCUAUGUUGUUCCGCCUCUGUUCCAGCGCAAGGCUUGCUAUUCCAACUCGUCCUCUAUGAUUAGAAAGCGUGCGCUUGGCCAGACCCUGGUCGAUCGUCGGGCAACAGACGAGCGCGGGACCUUGCGGUCCACAUGGAAUGGUCUCGCCAAGUGGCUCACUGGCUUCUAAAGCCCUGCAGUCAUGAUGCUCCCGCUUGCGGGACUACGUUCGUAUGCCGGUACAAGUACAGAUAGAGCGAUAUGGUGCCUCGGCUUUCUUUGCUUCCUCUCCUGCUUACCCCAUGCUCUUGAUGCUCCUCCACGAGCAAGCCCGUCCAUCUGUGAUGGCCGCGCAGUCUGUCGUUCCCUUCGUCCACGAAACAUCCUCGUGGUGUCUGCUGUUGAUUUCAAUCGGUCUUUGCCACGCGCUAGUCUUGUGCUCCUACCAAGGCGUAAUAUAUUUUGCUCAUGAAAUGGAA